UUAUGUUUUUCAAUGUUGGGGGGCUAUCUUCACACAGGUCACCUGUGAAGGAAGAUCUUGCGUCUGAAUAUAUUGUGAUCGUUCCGAAUAUUUUUUCUUCUAUUUAUAUUCUAUUUUUCUUUUGAAAAUAAAAUAUUAAUUAAAAAGAAAUUGUACAAGAUUUCAAUCUUAGGUGGGAUCUUUAAUCUUUAAAAAAAGAAUCACUGUCUGUGAAUAUAUAAAGAGUAGUUUAUAAUAAAAAUGGAAUCAGAUGAUGAAUUACCUGAAGAUGAAGAAGAAAUGCUCGUGUAUGUAGAGUUUGAGGGGCUUGCUGGCAAUGAUGCGUUUAAUAAUGAAAAUCUUCAAUUAGAUAUGAUUGGUUUAGAUACUGAACAUCCUGUAAUGCAAAUUAAUGGACGGUUUUAUGAAGGAACAUAUGAAGACGCAAUGGGUACUUAUAUGUUUUUUGAGAAAGAUGAUAACCCAAAGGUAGAUGAUGUUGUAUUUGACAAAGUACCAUCUUUAAAAUAUUUUGCCAAAACAAGAAAGUUACUUAAGAUGCAGAGAGUAUUUACAAAACCAAAAGUCGAGGUUGUUGGUGAUUCUGAACAUGAAAGUUGCAUUCCAAAUACUGAUACAUUAUCUCAAGCUGGAGUACCACCGAACUAUCAAAAGGAUGCUAUGAAAUUUUGGAAUAAAAUACGUAAUGAUAAAUUAGAGGAAUUAAAUACAUAUUUAGAAAAACAUAAAAUUAGGGAAGAGAAAAAAUCCCAGGAUACGCCAAAUUCUGAUGAGGAUAAUAUUGUAGAACACAAAACCGAAGAAAACUCAGAAAAAGUGUAAUCAAUUUUAAAAAUUUAUUUGCAAAAAAAUCAAACAUUGUACAUUGUAUGUGUCUUCACCAGUCGAGAUCGCCAGGUAAUUCGUCUGGAUAUUCUCCCGUUAGACAGGCAGUGCAGUGACCGAUGUAAUUACUUUCACGAUUGUCCAUGCGGUGUCUAACCGCCUCCACAAGUCCCUCAACCGAAAGAUACGUUAAACUAUCCGCUCCCACGUGUUUUGCCAAUUUUACAUUGUCAAGUUUAUUCGCAAUGAGUUCUUCUCUUGUUGGUAUAUUAAUACCCAUGUAACAUGGAUAUUUUAAUGGUGGAGAUGCUAUUCUAACAUGAACCUGUAAAUACGCCGAAUAAUAAAUAUAAAUACAACAAGCGUACCAAUAGAG